AUGCAGUCAGCUGUAGAGAGCGCAUCCUACUCUGACGACGGUUCGGCGCAAUCCAGUCCUUCCAGCUACGAAUCGUAUUUCGAGCUCGAUAGAAGCGACUUCUUCAACUCCGAGAGUGACUUGGCCUCGUGGAUAGAUAACCUUCCUGACAUCGACGAUAUUAUGAACUCCGAAUCGCUUCUUGGCGAGCUUGGGCCUCCCCAGAGAUGGCAAUCACCCUCGCCCCCACCUCCCCCUGUGAUUGCCCCGGAGUGGGAUGAUACUGGCGCUGCAUUCAGCGCAGAACGACUCCGUCACUAUAUACCGGAUGCGAAGGUUCUCCCAACCAUCCGCGGAUCUCUAGGCAUUCUGGACAACGAGAACCUUCGCAUCGAUGUCUCAAAUAACCUGCGAUUGCAGAGGAUCUAUGCCUCUGAGACGCCGAUUCUUCCUCCACUCCUCGAGCGCGACAUGUUGCGCAGGCCCGCCCUCGGUACUCCAAAGCGAAGAAUAGAUGAUCGCGAGAAACUGGAGCCGCCCUCACGCUACAAGUACAGGCUGAACGCUACGCAGGCACGAAGGGUGGAUAGGAGCGGAGACAAGGACUAUUCAGCAUCCGAGCUGUUCGCCGGCACCGGCGCUGACCUGAAGAAGGUCACGAAGCCUGCGGCGGUGCCACCGAGGGCAAGCGGCGAGCUCUGCGAUUUCACAGGGGUGUUACACCUUCUAAGCCGCAGUGAGACUCCAGAUCCAUCCGAUACCGUUGAGGCGUACCCAGACCCGUCCGCUGUGGAAGACUGGAGGAGGCUCGCGAACGAUAUAAUCUGUCCACGCGCGCAGACGGAAUCGACGGCGAGAGGCUUCCAGCUUGAGGUGCUGCAGUUUCUGGAGGACAGCAUAGACGGUGACGAUAUGGAAGAGGUAUAUAUCCCAAAACUUGAGUUUGAGGCUGAUAUCGCGUUUGACUGGGACGACUCGAGUACCAAUAGCGAGGCUGAGGAUUUUGACUACGAUACAUGGGUCGCGGAAAACCUAGCGUUGUGA